AAAUAUAUAUAUAUAUAUAAGUAUUGGGGAACCCCUCCAAAUCAUUGGAUUCAGGUGUUCCAAUCACCUUCAUGGCCACAGGUGCAUGCAGGCUGCUUCUACAAACAUUUGUGAGAGAAUAGGUCCCUCUCAGAAGCUCAGUGAAUUCAAGCGUGAUAACGUGAUAGGUUGCCACCUGUGCAAUAAGUGCAUCCGUGAAAUUUCCUUGUUACUAAAUAUGUCAACUGUUAGUGGUAUUAUAACAAAGUGGAAGCAGCUGGAAACAACAGCAACUCAGCCACCAAGUGGUAGGCCACAUAAAAUGACAGAGCGGGGUCAGUGCAAGCUGAAACGCAGUGUGCAGAAGUCGCCAACUGUCUGCAGAGACAAUAGCUAAAGACCUCCCAACUUCGUGUGGCCUUCAGAUUAGCACAACAACAGUGCACAGAGAGCUUCAUGGAAUGGGUUUCCAUGGACAAGCAGCUGCAUCCAAGCCUUACAUCACCAAGUGCAAUGCAAGCGUCAGAUGCAGUGGUGUAAAGCACACCGCCACUGGACUCUAG